AUGGUGGCACUUGUUGUGGCGUUGGACUUGGGAGGAUCGAUACUUGGAUGGUGCGACUGGAGUGCUCUUCUUAACGUCAGUGGAGCUCUGGAUGGGUGUCAGGAUGCACCACGCAGCAUGUCAAAAGCGCAAUACGAAGGGAGCCCGCAGCCUACAGCCGAAAACAACGGCCACGUUCUUCCCCCAGAAGAGCAGAUGCCGGAUGAAUUACCCCCUACCUACGAAGAGAGUUUAGACCGACCUGGGGGAUCAUCGACGACCCGGCCUGUUGUUCCUAACCGGCCCCCUCAGAACCAAACCCCAGACCAGAACCAUUUGCAGGUACCUCAAGCACCCCCGCGACCUUCAUCCUCCUACUCCAGCAACGGCGCGUACGGCACUGCCAACUCUAGCAACACAUCUUUCAAUACCGGUAAUGUUUCCAAUAGCUCCUUUGGAAGCGGCAAGAGUGGGGCGAGUGGGAAGGGUGGAAGAGGGCACUCGCCUGGACCCCCUGGACCCCACGGGAGACCCCCGCCAUCUCCAGGACGACCCCCUCAUUCCCCCAACCGCCCUCCCGGACAAAUGGGAUACGGUCCCCGUCCUCAGGGAGGCCCGGCUCCCAACAACCCGCUAUUACAUUACCCCAGAGGCUACCAUUGUCCUAAGUGUGACAACACGGGUAUUAAGAAGAAGAAUGGAAAGUCGUGCCAGGACUGUUGGGGUAUGUUUGCUCGACCCAACCAGCAGGUAGUCAACAUUCCAGGGCCCCAGCAACAAUAUACACCUUUUCCUUUUUUCCCUUUCACCCCUCCUCCUCCCCAACAGACCACCAUUUACGCUGCCCCUGGAGCUCCUCCUCCUAUUGUUGUCCAACCAGGCGAUCCCCGACUGGGUGGCCAAGUAUGUGGAAAGUGCAGAGGCCGAGGCAUGGUGUACGAUUGGUUCCUGGGAGAUGAGACAUGCCCUGUUUGCAAGGGUGUUGGACGUGUGAGAUAG